AUGGUGUUUAGACCCAAAGAAACUAUGUUUGAGGUUGAGGUUUACAACCUUAGACUGAAUGCUUGGAGAAAAAUUAGCGUAGUUCCUCCUGAUGUUAGUGUUUCCAAAGUCGAAUGUGUAUUCUUGAAUGGAGUUGUGUAUUGGAGUACAAUGGACCCUUCUCAACAUUCCACUUUCAUUCUUUCUUUUGAUUUUGGAAGUGAGGAGUUUAAAAGGAUCAUGUUACCUCGUGCAGCACCCGCAGUUUUCGAACAAACUCCAAUUCGAGUGUUUGAGAACUCACUUUCAUUCUUCCACCGAAGACAUGAUGAGCAACUGGGCUGGUUUUAUGAGUUAUGGAUUCUUGAAAUGUGUACUUGGAAAAAGACCCACACGAUUCUUCUCCCCACAAGGGUAUAUGUAUCAUGUUCACUGGGGUUCACAGUAAAUGGCAGAUUUCUUAUGGUUGUGCCAGGUACUUUUCCGGAAGAAUCAAAUUUGGUUUUAUAUGAUCCCCAGUCACAGCAACCCAGCAAUACCGGAAUCAAAAUGAUGAAGCCUUGUGGGUAUGUGACUAUGUCGAUGCUUAUUGAGAGUUUAAUUUUACUCAACUGA